CCCUGUGGCAAAUGAACAAUGUGCAAUGAUUUCCAGUGGAUUGUCAUUUAAAACGGACCCUAUAUAUUUGCAAAAGGCAAAUUCGUGCUUCUCUGAUUUGCGAGAGGGAAAUGUUGCAAGGCAAAAGCUAAACAAAAGGGUAUUCUUGUUUUCUUUCUUUCUUUCUUUUAUUAAAUCAAUUCUUUGCCAACCCACAUUUUGCAUUAUUGUUAUUUUUAUUACAUUUUAGGACAAUAGAAGGCAUGGCAUUGCAGUUAAAAGCAGAUAAAACAGAAUUACAAGUAUUUAAGGCAAAUUUAGGAAGGCCUAUGAAUUCUACAAAAACCUUCCAAACAAAAGAUUAGAGAUCGCAUAUGUAGCCUAAUCUUUUUAGAUAUAGCUUAGCCUAAGUAAAAUAGUACUUUGUUUUCAAACAACGUCAAAUUAAUCACAAAAGUCAGAUUACAAGCAAUUCCUAAAUAAGACGUAAUGAUCGCAACAGUUCGCUGUUUAGCGUUAGCUAGUCAUUAUUCUUCAGUUUGUUAUACUAGCUAAAUAAAUGACCCCCUCAAAGUCACCUCACAGAGUAAAAACAAUACAAACUUUACAUCAUGUCUACAAGUACAAUAGGACUAUAGCAUAUUUUUCUUAAAUGUGGAUUCUUUUAUUCAAGCCGUGUUUGUUGUCUGCACGCGCACCGGAAUUUGCAAUCCUACAUAAUGAAUGUUGGGUGUAAUGGAUAUGUGUGUUUUGACCGCAAGUAACCCCAUCUCUCCCCACACCUCGAGAUUUACUUUGGUGACGCAGCAAGGAGGAGGUUCCUUUGGCGCUCUCCAUAGUAACAAGAGAUGGGGUGAUUCUUCCGACCCAACGAGAUUGGGCAUUCUAAUUUCACAAAAGGAAUGGGUAGUGACCUAAUUUGGAACAGUGGGCUUUUUCAAUGCAGACCAAUGAUGAUCUCCAUGCAGUUACUGAACAUCAGUGUCUUUCCUUUGGUUACACGGAUCUUAACUUUGGGACUUUUAACAGACGCCAGUAAAGUGAAAAAGAGUAAUUUGAGAAGAGAACGCACGUUUGUCCUUGUCCAUAUGUAAAUAAAUUUGCAAUUGUUCGUGUCUAUUGCUUUCAGGCAAUUAAAUAUGUAGCUUUCCAGUGCUGUAUUUCUAAGAAAAAAUAUCAUAUGAUUAAAAUUGUCCAUCCCAGAUUAAAUUUAUUUUAACUCAUUUUUAAUUAUUAACAUAGGCUAUUUAACAGUUGGCACAACAUUGCUUAAAAGGGUAGGCUACAAACAAUGAACUAACAAAAUAACCAAACAAAUCAGGUAGGCCUAUUGGGUAUGUGCAAGUCCAAAAGCGAAAUAUUUAUGGUCGGCUUUCAAAGAGCCCCCGUUGAGUCCAACAGUGGGCUUUGGCAAAGAAAUCGGAUUGGUGGGGGAGGAAACAAAUUAUGUAAAAUCACCAGAGGCAACAUGCGACGUUGUUGGAAAAUCAAUCCGAUGUAGUAUUUAUUUAAUACUCAUUAAAAACCUUUGCCAAGAUAUUAAUCACUGCGUGAUUCACAUAGGCUACUUGAACUGUGCCUACUUCAUCACAGCACACUGUAAUUUAGGCAAAACUGACUUUUCUUUAAGCUGUUUAUGAUCUGCAAUAGCACAUUUGGAUCAUAAAUCUGAACAGCCUGAGGUGUGAAAAUAUAAAACGUUGCAUGUGCUAUCUGAUGUACAGAGGAAUCCAUUAUCCUAAAUUGCACAUGAUUUUCGGAUAUUGCAAAAAGGAACCCUAUUUCCGUAUUAUAGGCUAUUAAACAAUGAAAUAAAUUAGUCAGCUGCUCAAUCAAGAGGUCACUAUGAGAAAUCUCUGCAGAAAAUAAAACGACCAAAUAAAAAAAGACCAAAAGAUUCUAUAAUAAAAUGGUCCAUAUAAUUUCGAUCUUUUGUGGAUUGUAUUUAUGUACUGUAUAUGCGAGUCAUGCAUAAUGAGGCGCAAUUCAAUUGAAACAGGCUCCUGGCACCUUGCACAUAAAGACGAUAAUAGUCAUCUGCUUAGGCUUUUUUCCCCUUCUUUUUAUUUUAUUUUUAUUUAUUUAUUUUUUAUCGGUUUCCCUAUAUUUUUCCAUUGUAGUUAGCCUACUGCCGUUCAUUCAGCAAUUAAUAAUAAUAAUAAAAAAAUCUGUCUAUCUAUCUGAGGGUUGUCCCCCCUUAAAAAAAAAAGUGAUUAAAAACCACGCUGUGUAUAGUAAAUAACAAUGUUUCAGACUUUAAAUAAUUGUGUAGCCUAAAGUAAAACAACACAAACGGGGCAAAAGUGCGUUUUAAGUUUAGAAGAAAUAUUGUGAGUCUCUCCCUUCCUUGUCUCACAGUGCUUUGGUCCAAAUGCCUGCAUUCCUCUUUUACUCACACAAGUCCGGUGAGAGAGAACAAAGUCAAUAGUUGUGGAACUCCAGUAAGUAAGGCUGUCAAGGCUAUUUUAUCCACUUAAACAUCGGAUGAAGUGAUUAUUUUCUCUUUAAUACAGGCGAUGCCAAUGUAUUUUUCGAUGAGUCUGCUACAUUAGCAAUAAUAACGUUACCUGCUUGACAGAAAGGGUUGCCAGGUUUUCACAACAAAACCCGCCCAAUUGCUACUUAAAACUAGCCCAAAACCAGCCCAAUUACCCGCGUUUCGAGGGGGUCCCCCGGUAAAAAUCGCGUUCCGGGGGCUAAAAUUGGGGUCGCUUCAACCCGCAGACAUGGAAAUUAUGGGCAAUCCUCACUCUUUCUGAAUCUCUCAUGAGAGAUAUGAAUAUUUCUACUUGGCUGUCAGCUGUCAGCGUCACUUCAGCGUCUCGGCUGAUAUCGCGGAGGGAUAUUAUUUCUUCUUCAUGUGACACGGUUCGGGACACACGCCGCACAAGCCAUAGUGCGGAUAGAUAUCAUGAUAAGAAGAGCGCAUUUAGCCCCGGGUUAGUCCUAGGAGUCAGUCACACUGUAGCGCAACGUGACGUUACUGAGCAUUUAUUAAAACAUAUCCUGACUCAACAUUAUGGGUCCUUUCGUUCUUUCUUUCCCUCUCUCUUUAUUUAUUUACUUACUUACUUACUUAACAUAGUUGCUGCCACACACUAGACAGCUCAACCCCCUUCUUUGGGCUGGACACAGUAGCUGACUAAACGCAAACAGUCUCCAGAGCUCUGGUUUGUGGCUAAUGGUUUGCGGUACCCAAAAUUUGCACGUGUCUCUUAAUUAACAUCAUCAGCUCCUUAGACGUGAGCUACCUGCAAUGAACUGUGUUCCAAUUGACAUGCUCCCUACACAGUGUUCAUUGCUCCCUACUCCCUGAGCAGGGGAUCCGUUGAAGUUUACUUCACUUCGGAACAUUCAUUCCCAGAUUUGCGAUGAAAACUAGACGAAACUAGAGAAGUGUGAAGUUUGACAAUACUUCUGUAAAUAAAUACUAUUUAAAUUCACGUCUCGCACACUUUACUGCCCUUUGCAUGGAACAUAUUAUAUGCUUGUUUCGAACUAGAAUCACGGCGGAAUAUCCGGUGAUGUCCACUUCGCAGGUGGACACGGUCGAAUAGAACAAACGUUGUACGUGAUGGGAGAUAUAUGAAAUGUGCAGAGCUGGGGGCGCGAGGACUGGGGUUGGGAAACGCUGAGUUAAGAGAUUACUCUGGGGAGAUAUGAAAACGCCCACUUUACACUAGUUGCUCUGACACCAAAUACACGCCGUUACCGGGGUGAGUUUUCAGAAGUCUUUCCAGAAUGGAUGUUUUAGCAGUUCCCCAAACGAGAGAAGAGGGCUGGUACUUGUCUCUUAUGGCACCAAACACAAAGGGUCCAAAGUUUGCAUGGCUUGAUCCAUCAAGACUCUAUUGCAAUUCACAGGCACUGUCAGAUUGCGUAAAAGAUCUUCUCAAACCAUUCCAGAAUGAGACCAUUGACCUGGUGGCUGGAAUAGAUGCCAUGGGCUUCAUCCUUGGGUCAGCUGUGGCCAAAACUUUACGGAAAGGAUUUUUGGCCAUUCGAAAAGCAGGACACUUAUGUGUUCAAACUCGCACUCGGGACUACAGCGACUACUCUGGACGAGAGAAACUGAUGGAAGUGCGUGUUGACGUGUUAAAGCCAGGUCUGCGGGUUCUUAUAGUAGACCAGUGGAUUGAGACUGGAGGAACUAUGAGAGCAGCUAUCAAACUGGUGGAGAAUCAAGGAGCUACUGUUGUAGGCAUUGCUGCUGUGGCCAUUGAAAACAGUGAGGGAGGAAAGUGGCUAAAGGAAAACUAUAAAUAUUCCCACUGCAUUCCAAAUGAGCUGCAAUCUCAGAUAGACAGUCAAUACCUGGAGUCUUUUAAGAACUUUAGUGGUUAAA